AUGAAAGGUAAUUGUUUGGCGUACAAAGUCGUCUCAAAGCCGAUCGACUAUGGUCCCGACAAUGGCUUCAUGAUGCUAACCGAACCCGAGACUGGUUGCUUGAAAUUCCGCGACAACGAGUACGUCUACUCGCUGUGUGCCUUCAAAGAUGUCCACCAACGGGUCCCACACGCCAGCUCGGGUGGAACCCUACUGGGCACCUGGAAGGAAUGGGUCGGCCACCCGGAAGACUCUGUCAACUGGACUAGAGAGGGGAAGUUGGCGAAGUUGCCCUACAGCGAGAUGCUGUAUGAUGCCGGUGAACACUGCUAG